UCAACGUGAUUGGUUUAAUAAAAUCAUUGAUUGGUUGUCUUCUGAAUUUCAAAUCAUCAUUUUCUGGAGGAGAGGAACCGUUUUCGUAACCGUUGCAUCUCACAACCAAAACAAGCAGACAGCUCAAAUGUGCUUUUUGUUGUAAAUUUGUUUUUAUCACAGAUCAUGCUUCGAUUAUGAACAGCAAACGCAUUUAAUAUUUUGUUUGUAAUCGAUAAUGAUAAAUUUUUCAAGAACUAAGCUCUUAUCGUAUUUAAGAAAAAGUUUGAAGGUAGGUCAUUUCCAUUAUAGCAGUGCUUUUACAAUGGAGAAACUAUGCAAUGACGCAAAAGGAAUGUUCCAGGCAGCAGUGAGUUCUGUGCAACCUGAAACUUUAAUUAACCAAUCCGUUGAAGUUGACUCAAAUUUUGUUCAAAUUCAAGGACAAAAAUUUGAUCUUCGGAGAAACAUUUAUAUUGUAGGUUUUGGCAAAGCCGUUUUGGGAAUGGCAGAUGCACUAGAAAAUAAAUUGAAAGAACAUUUGGUGUCAGGAAUAGUGUCUAUUCCAGAUGGCUCUAAAAGUUCAAGUAACCAGCAAAGAUAUUCAAGCAUACAAGUUUAUAAAGGAGCGUAUAAUAAUAUUCCUGAUGAAAAAUCUUAUCUAGCAGCCAGAAAAAUUUCUGAACUUGUGGCAUCAUUAACAGAAACAGAUUUACUGUUUAUACUCAUUUCUGGUGGAGGCUCAGCUUUAUUACCUUCGCCAAAAGAACCUAUAACUUUAGAAGAGAAAAUUAAAGUUAUAAAGUUGCUAGCAUCCAAAGGUGCAUCAAUUAACGAAUUAAAUACAGUGCGUAAAAGACUUUCAGAAUUGAAAGGUGGUGGAUUAGCAAAGCUAGCAAAACCUGCAAAGGUUGUCAGUCUUAUAUUAUCUGAUAUAAUUGGAGACCCUCUAGAUUUAAUUGCAAGUGGACCAACAGUUAAAAACACAGAUCCUCCGACGCUUCCUUUAAAUAUCAUAGAAAAGUAUAAAUUAAUAAAUGAAAUACCAAAAGCCGUUUUAAAUCUUCUAGAAAAUGUUAAAGAAGAAUCAGAUGAUGAUAUACAUUUUUCACAUGUAAGCAACUUUAUAAUAGGAAGCAAUCGAGUAGCAUUGGAAGCUGCAGCCUUGGCAUCAAAAAGUCUUGACUAUCAUCCUAUAAUAGUUACCGAUGCAUUUUCUGGAAUGGCUCGAUUGGUUAGCAGAAAAUUAAUACAUAUGACUGCUUUAAUGCUAGAAGGUAAGAUAGAAUCAGCUAUAGAAAUAUACAAAACAUUAAAUCUACCAGAAAAAACACUGCCUAUUUUUUUGAGUUCUUAUACCAAACUGAAAUCCGAGAGAAGAAAACUUUGUAUACUCUUAGGAGGUGAAACAACUGUCGAAGUAUGUGGUACUGGAAUUGGUGGUCGAAAUCAAGAACUAGCUUUAGCAGCGUCAAUAGAAUUGAGUAUAAAAAAACUUAAAAAUGAUAUUGUGCUACUUAGUUCAGGUACAGAUGGGAUUGAUGGCCCUACUGAUGCAGCAGGUGCGUUAGCUACAAAACAUGUGAUAGAGUUGGCUGAGAAAGAAAAUUUAAAUUUUAACUGCUUAUUGAAUAAUAAUGAUUCUUACACAUUUUAUUCGAAACUGUGUAAUGGAAAAUUUCAUAUUAAAACUGGACACACAGGUACAAAUGUAAUGGAUAUUAUAAUUAUAUUAAUUAAUUGCUAAAAUAUAUAAUUAUAUUUAGUUUAUAUUUUUUAUAUAUUGAAUACAACUGCCAUGAUUUUAACUGAGUUAAAAUCUUAUGUCAAUAAAUAAUUUUUCUAAAAUGU